AUGGCUACAAAAAAAGUAGCAUUUAUUCGUAUAGAUGAAGACUACAUUGACAUGUUUUUGAGUCCUUAUGAAAAUUUAUCACCCCAACAACAAAACAAAGACAUGUUAAUGCCUCUUCAUCAGCUUCCUUACAAUGCCAACACCCCUUUUGGUUUUGUAAGAUCACAGCCUCUCAGUUUCAGUUCUUGUGAUUCAAAUCCAUCUGAAUAUCUACUUCAAUCUUCCACUAAAUCAAAGGAACAUUGGUUAAAGAAGUUGAAACAUUGUAGGAAAUUCUUGCUGGUUCAAAAGCUCAACUCUUACAAAGCUUACUUGAAGUCUUUGUUUACAAAAACUGCGUUGAACAAACCGAAAUAUGGUGAAAACGGCGUCGCUAACCAAAACAGAAGAUCUUCUUCAUCUUCGUAUUUUUCAAUUGAUUUGAAUUCUGAGAUGGAAGAUUCCAUUUUGGGAGCUAUCGCGCAUUGUAAACAGUCUCAACAAGGGAAUGGUUCAAACAAAGAUUCACAUGCAUGA